AUGGGCUGCAAUAAUGGUAAACAGCAGGGUGAGCAGGGAAAUCAAAACAAUAAUAGUAAUAAACGAUCGACAAUUAAAAAAGUACUACGUUUUCAAAAACAUCGAACAUCGAAGACAACGCGACCAUUGAGUUACACCGAAUCGACAUCUCCUCAUGAAGAACACAACUUUCCCAUCCGACCAGUGUCCAUGUUUGUUAAUCUUGAACUAAAAACAUUAACAAAUGGUUUAAAUCAACCGAUCAGUAAUCCGAAUAAUCUUUCUCGUUCAACAUCAACAGAAUCGAUUCGAACUGAAUUAUCACACAAUGAUCAAAAAAGUCUGACAACACAUUCUCAACAAACAUACGAAAUUGAAAUUAAUUUAUCUAUCAUCACCAAUAUACAAGAAACUUCAGCUGAGGUCUUCGAUGAAAAUAGCUGGAAGUAUUACAUUCCAUUAACAUUCGAAAAAGUGUCGACAAUUGCCUUAUUAAAAGAUCUGGUUUAUUCAAGAGUUAAUAAUGAACUUCUUCAUAUAUUAAAUCGGUUGAAAUCCGAUGAAAGUGAAGAUUUUGUCGAAUGGUUUUUCGAUGAAUUAGAAUAUUUCAUGUCAUCCUACGACGACGAUUGCAAUUAUAAACAUAGACCUUUACUUAUUCGUUCGAUCGAACAAGGACGAUAUGAUUGUUCCAAGUACCUCCUGGAUCAUCAGCUCUCACCAAGUAAACUCGAUAUAAAUCUUUCCAAUGAUCAAGGUCGUCAUUGUCUAUUAAUGCUUGCACAUAAAAAUGGGCCAAUCGAUAUGAUUGAAUACUUAUUAACUCGUCAUAUCUCGUGUCUCGAUACGAAUAGACUUGAUUUGAAUAUGUUUCAUUCUUUACAUCACGCCUGUCGAAAUUUCAAUUUAGCCAUAAGUGAAUUAGUACUCUCACAUACGAAUAGAAAAUCGUUGCAAAUCGAAAAUUCUGAAUUACAUACGCCACUUGACUAUUGGAUCGAAUGUCUUUGUUCACUGAAGAAACUCAAACCAACAAAUAUUCAACAUCAUUCCGAUUCACUCCGACUCGAUUAUUUGCUCAACGAUGUCGAUUAUCAUUCAAACGUUUCGUUCUUUCAAACGCUAAUCAACCACGGUGGACAAUUAACGAAAAUUCCUUUACGUUAUAUACGGUCAAUCCUACCGCAAUUAACCUUCGAGCAAAAGCUGGCUUAUGUCGAUCAUCAUGUUAAUCUUUGUUGUACUUUAUAUAAGAAUCGUUUGUCAACAUUGUUACAUGAUUAUGAUAAUUUCAAGAUUAGUAUCCAAGCGGGAGAGAUUCUAACAGAGUUUAUUUAUGCUUUAGGUACGGUUCAACUUGAAGUUCAGAGUCGCUUAGCUGCACAUGCAUAUUCGAAUGUGUAUGACACGGAGGAUAAGUUGAUGAAAACGAAAGAACAUGAGGGGUUACAAUCGACAAUGCGUUUGUUAUAUUUCAAAUUUUUUCGUUUAUUUCAAUGUAUUUAUAAUAAUCCAGAUGUCAAUGUAAAGAAUUUUCAUUUUGAACAUAUUUUUCGUCGAGUUUGGGUCUAUUGGAAAGAGCCUGUUCGCGCAUUUAUUUCUCAAUGUAAGCAAAAGAAUUCUUCGUUGAAGUCAAUCUGUCGCAUUGCUUUAUUCAAACGUUUAACUCAUUAUCCAGCGGAUAUUCAGUAUUUACCGAUAAAUCCGGUAUUGAAGGAAUUUGUUUCGUUUGACAACCAGUUUUUUGUAAUUCGGAGAAAAUAUUGA